CUUGAGUGGUUGUGUUUUCGCUAUCGAGCAAAAUGUCUCAGGUGUAUGAAAACAUCUUUCGUGACGCUCUGAAAGAUUUCAGAGUUUCGGAGGAUGGCCUGAUUUCAGGCUAUUGUAAUUCGUUGGAGGAGGAAGACCAUGUGACUCCUCGUAAGAGAUUGAGGAUCAUGGAUACUAGAAAAUCCAACUGCCCAGCAACUUUAAAUAUGAAGUGUAUAAGGGUGUAUCCUGAUUACAGUAUGCACUCAGCAACUGAACACAGGGAUACCAAGGCAAAAGUUCUUGCAAGUCUACAGAAAGAUUUGGCAUUGCCAUGCCCGCCUAAGAGCUAUCUACGUUAUUAUUUGACUGCUUCCGCAGCAAGUGCACACACACAUGCUACUGAAAGUGUUGAAGCAAGUGGGUACAUACAUCCUUCACUUGUAAAGGAAAUCAAAGACUUAGUACUCAGUGGCAUGACAUCUCUCAAAGUCAUUAAGUUGGCUCUAGACAGAUUUGUUGAAAUCAAUUUCACUGGGACACACAUACCAGGUCAAAUGAAUACUACCUUUUACCCCACAGAGAAAACUAUUUACAGUCACAUUUAUCGGACCCUGUAUGGUGCAAAUAAAGUAUUGUUUGACGAGACUAGACUGCAGAAUCAGGUUGAUGAGUGGCACAAAGACUCGAGCAAUCACAUGAUUUAUUAUAGACAUUGUACGGGAGCCAAUGGAGAAGUGAAACCAUUACUUUUUUGCUAUCAGAGCACUUGGCAGAGAGAUCUUUUGAAGAAGUAUGGGGGUAGUUGUUUGUUAGAUGCAACAUACAAAACAACAACAUAUGAUAUUCCUUUAUUUUUAAUAGCUGUGAAGAAUUGA